AACACCCGCGAUCUCGUCGCCACCUAGUGCUCCCCGGCCCGAACUCAAGGCGUCCGGGGAGACGAAACUCUCUCCCCUCCACUAAACGCCGACAGUUUAUCAAAAUGUUUGUAAAAUGUAUUAGUGUAGUGACAUGCGCUGCAUGCUUUUUGUAUACAUUUUACAUUUUAUGUAUUCUGUCACAUUUUUUGUCAACCCAUAAUGAAUACGAAGGCAAAAGAAUUUCAUUGAAAAAAGAUGAAAAUGUUGAUUCUGUGUUAUGCUUGUUAAUAGUAAAUAUGUCCUUAUUAAGCACUUUUAUGUUACAACACUCACUUAUGGCUAGUGAUUUUGUAAAACACUUAUUUUGCAAAUUUCAUAUGGAUUACAUGGAAAGAAGUGUUUAUAAUGUUACCAGUGCUAUGGCCCUUCAUUUAUUAAUCAAUCAGUGGCAAAUUAUAUCAUCAAUUACAUUGUGGAAUGUUAAUACAUCAUCUAAUAGCAUUGCAUGGUUUAUAUUUACUACUCUUCAUGUACUAGCUUGGUCAAUAAUUUAUAGUGGAUGCUUAAUGAUGGAUAUAUCUGAAUUAGCUGGAAUAAAGCAAGUGUAUUAUAAGUUUUCAUCAAGACCAAGUCCAAUGGCAAUGAAAUCUAAAGAAUUAUUGCGUUAUUACUCACAUAUGAGACAUCCAAGUUUCAUAGGAUUUCUUAUUAUUUUAUGGAUAUAUCCCUACAUGACAUUAGACAGGUUGCUAUUAGCUUUAGUACUUACAGUAUAUAUGAUGCUGAUGUGGACAAUUGACGAGGAGGAUUACAAUUAUCAUGCAACUGUUGUAAAAAGAAAACAGAGAGAAUUAUUCUAAUAUUUAUUGUAUACAUUGCCUUGCUGUACCAUUGUGUUCAUUAUGUUCAAGUUACACAAUUAUUUUCAAUAUGACAUUUCUCUUCGUGCU